CACUGCCGCCUAGUAGUCGCUGAGGAGGAGGAGGCGGCCAGCUUCGCCCGCGAGUGACAGACGAGAGAGGGCGGUGGGAUGUCUCCGCUCGGCUGAGGCUCAAGCUGCUGGGAAUACGAGGGGGCAAAGGACCACACUAUGAACCUCCUGCCUUCCAAUCCUCACGGAAAUGGCUUGUUGUACGCCGGCUUCAACCAGGACCAUGGCUGCUUUGCAUGUGGGAUGGAGAAUGGCUUUCGGGUCUACAAUACAGAUCCACUCAAAGAGAAGGAAAAGCAAGAGUUCCUCGAGGGAGGUGUUGGCCAUGUUGAAAUGCUCUUCCGAUGUAAUUAUUUAGCAUUGGUUGGUGGUGGAAAGAAGCCAAAAUAUCCCCCCAAUAAAGUGAUGAUCUGGGAUGAUUUGAAAAAAAAGACGGUCAUUGAAAUUGAAUUUUCAACAGAAGUGAAGGCUGUCAAGUUACGGAGAGACCGGAUUGUGGUAGUCCUAGACUCCAUGAUAAAGGUGUUCACGUUUACCCACAACCCUCAUCAGCUUCAUGUGUUUGAGACCUGCUACAACCCCAAAGGUCUUUGUGUUUUGUGUCCAAACAGCAACAACUCCUUGCUGGCCUUCCCUGGCACUCACACCGGCCACGUGCAAAUAGUAGACCUGGCAAACACAGAAAAGCCCCCUGUAGACAUACCGGCACACGAAGGAGCCCUCAGCUGCAUCGCCUUGAAUCUGCAAGGCACACGCAUUGCCACGGCGUCGGAGAAAGGGACCUUGAUAAGGAUAUUUGACACUACGGCUGGACAUCUGAUCCAGGAGCUGAGGAGAGGUUCGCAGGCGGCAAAUAUUUACUGUAUAAAUUUCAACCAAGACGCGUCGCUCAUCUGUGUCUCCAGUGACCACGGUACCGUCCAUAUUUUUGCAGCUGAGGACCCAAAAAGGAACAAACAGUCGAGCUUGGCCUCAGCAAGUUUCCUUCCAAAAUAUUUCAGCUCCAAGUGGAGUUUCUCCAAGUUCCAGGUGCCGUCUGGAUCGCCAUGUGUUUGUGCCUUUGGGACAGAGCCAAAUGCAGUCAUUGCAAUCUGUGCAGAUGGAAGUUACUACAAAUUCUUGUUUAACCAAAAAGGAGAAUGUUCAAGGGACGUAUAUGCACAGUUUUUGGAAAUGACGGAUGAUAAAAUCUGACUGUUUUGAUUCUGAAGGACUCGACUUUUCAACUUUCACAUCCGGCAUUGCAGUGCAGGACCUCAGCAGAUAGACUCAUGAUUGGACUGUUGCUGGAGGGGCCCGCUUCCUGCAUGGUGUAACUUCUGUAGCCUGUCAUUGGGGUUUGGGAGAUGGCUCUGGCCAUUUUUAUAUACAAGUGCAGUUUCUCUGCCAAUGUGGACAGCUGGGGUUUUUUGGGGGUGGAGGGACAAUGGGGUUCAUAUCCAGGUGAAUUUUUAUUGCACCUGAAGUGAACAAAGCAGAGAGUCUGCCCAUCCUUCACACUAAUGAGCUCCACAGCGGACUGCUGUCGUGAACGAGCUUCUCGCAUAGAACAUUCCCAUCCUAACGUCACCUAGUAGCAGGCAUCAAAGAGGCUGUGCUGUCUUCUCGUCUCACUGUGCGUGUGAUCAACCUCGUCAACUACAAUACUUAGUGCUGCACUUGACACGUGUAUCUGUCAGCAAAGCUUGUGUUUAGAGGCAGUCACCCGCACCCCCUCCCAUACCAGCUGCAAGGUGGCAUCCAGUAGGAAUUCCCAUCUAAUUUUGUCGCUCAGUGUACCCCCUGGAUGGACAGAAGGAGGUCAUCUACAAAAUGGCGUGGAGUGCAAGGCCAGCUGCUUUACUCUUUCACUUCUUCGGCAUCAGGACUGCAGACUGGUCCUGCAACUUGUGGUGUCAGAAAACACGAAAGGUAAGCGAUGUGAUCACCACUAGUGGGAUUUGACUCAACUCUACUCUCUGGCUCGCCUCUAAAUGUCAGUAACUGCUUUCAUACUCUUUUUGUACUAACGCCAGUCACAACAAAUAAACAUUUCAUUUAAAACCAA